CUGCUCUCAUCAUACAACUGCUUUCAUCCGGAGCAGCACGUUACACCAGACGUUCGCCAAAAGAUGGCGGAGCAGCAGGUGAACUUGGCGGACCUGAACCUCGAGCAAUUGCAAGAGGUCAAGAAGCAAUUAGAUCAGGAGAUAGAACAUCUGACGAGCUCGUAUUCCCAGCUCAAGUCUGCUCAGGCGAAGUUUAAGUCUUGUGCGAGUGACGUCGAGGAGUUGAAACCGAGUUCGAAGGGAAAGCAGAUCCUAGUCCCCCUAACUUCGUCCCUGUAUGUACCUGGAAGACUAGCAGAUGUGGAGAACGUCAUCGUGGAUGUGGGCACGGGAUACUACGUGAAGAAGAACAAGAAAGAGGCUCUUGCGCACUACAACGGUAAAACAACGUUCGUUCAGGGCAAUCUUGAGACGCUGCAGAAGACCAUCGAGCGAAAACAGGAGAAUGCUCAAAUUGUGGUUCAGGUCCUACAGAUGAAGGUGCAGGAAGGGGGAGCUCGGCCCGCUCAAUGAUCGGUCAACAUAUCGACU